AUGGCUUCUUUUAAGUCACGCCAAGACCGAGCAGUGAGCAGAGGAAGUAGUUCCAGCUCAACAGACACAAACAACUCCGUCCAAUCAAAAAGUACCACGCCAACGGUAGUUAGUGAUCGCACCGUGCCAGCGAAGUAUGAGGACUGGGUGGAAGAGUAUGAAGACGGAUUUGAAGACGAGGUUGAAUAUGGCGGCGGGCCGCGUGAUUCAGUCUCAACAUAUGCCUCGACUACCCGCUCUAUAGCGGAUGUUCCAGAAGAAGAAGAAGAAGUAAGGUAUGAAGUAAACGAUCGCCAGGAAAACUUCCCAGGGGAUGCAUUAGCAUCGACACCUUCAUCAUUUGCGUCAUUGUUUCCUUCCACAAGGAGACUUCUCAUUCGCCAUGAUGAUGCUACCAUUGACGGGAACAUGAAUCUGCGAGUUGAUACAGUUGUCCCCCGUCGCGGUGGAUAUCAACAGGAGGUGAUCCUAUUUCAUCUUCGCAUGUAUGAUCUCUUCUCUCGAAAGUUCUCCUUCAGACGCUAUUGUCGCGACUCAGGCCGCGAAGUAUGCCAUUCAACGCGAAAGGAAGCCCCGGUAGCUAGUCAGGAUGGUCCAGGUAAUCGACGGCGCUCACUGAGCAGUGUUCUUGCCAGUUUCAGGCCGGGAUCAAGUGGACAUCCGUUUGGAGGCGAAUUUAAGCGACAGAAUUCGGGGUUCGAGGAUUCAAAGUUCGCUCGUCAUAUUUUGGGGGGCAAUGAAUCAAAAUCGAAAGAAGUGAAAGGGCCGGCGCUUGAGAAUACCAUUUUGUUGGAGUUCUCAAACUAUGCACAUGUGGAAUUGAAAAGACGCGGGCCGGGUGUAGCAAAACGGUACGAAUAUGAAUACUGGUCAACCAAGUAUCAGUGGCGCCGUGAAUUCAGGAAAGAGGGGGAUCUUCGGGAAGUGUCUUACUACCUUGUUGAUACGCGAACUUCUAAAACGAUCGCCCAUUUGGUACCCGAGAUCCUCACGCCACUGGAGGCAGUUGAGGAGGACAGUAAAGGUGGCUGGGUCCCGCCGUGUUCGCUGUGGAUCAGCGAUACAAAUGUCUAUGAACGAAUGCCUGAUAUUGCCGAGUAA